AUGUUGGGUAACGAGACCACCACAUACGCCCACUUGAUGCCGGUAGCUGGAAAAACACGCUCACUAACAUGUCUAAGUACGCCUGCACGUUUCCAAGUACGCCCACACAUACCUGAUGCCUCCAUAUGCCCAACAAUUGCAGUAAACAGGGAGACUAACGUUAACUGUUAUCCCGAAGGACAGUUGGUGUUAGUAUCCAGUUUUGAACGAAUUUAUUUCUCAAUUGGACGUGAUUUCCUGUUCCGUUGUGGCUCAGGUGUACCACACGUUCAACAAGUGUACGCGUUCAACAGAGUGUACCAUACGUUCAACGAAGUGUACCGCACGUUCAACAGUGGCGCCAUACGUUCAACGGUGUACCAUACGUUCAACAAGUGUACCACGUUCAACGAGAGGCCAAGGUGGCUCCUGCUGGGAGCUGCGCUGCUGGCGGCUUUCACCUCUGGAGAAGAGAGAAGCCUUCGUGGGCGAUCUAGAUUCCGUUUGGGGCAGCCAGACCAAGGCCAACAGACCGCGGCCUCUGUGCAGACCGAGACCGCUGUGGCCAAUACUGUAGGAAGGACGCGACUUCCUGCUGGUGGUAACACUAACGCCGUACGCAGGAGAAGGCCAGCCGCUGCAGGAGCGACUUCUUCAAGAAACAGAGCGAGGGUUCGUCCCCGCAUCAGACCCGCAGCCGCCACUCGCAGGAAUCAGGCGGUCAGUUCCUCCGGUGAACCCGACUAUAAGGUUGUGUGUUACUACACCAAUUGGUCUCAGUAUCGCCCCAAGAUCGCCAAGUUUCUACCGGAACACAUCGACCCCUUCCUCUGCACCCACAUCAUCUACGCCUUCGGGUGGAUGAAGAAGGGGAAGCUCUCGUCGUUCGAAGCCAAUGAUGAAUCCAAAGACGGCAAGACAGGAUUCUAUGAGCAGAUAAAUGGUCUCAAGGCUCAGAAUCCUAAGCUGAAAGUUCUGUUGGCACUGGGUGGGUGGUCCUUCGGUACCAAGAAGUUCAAGGACAUGUCGGCCAAUCGCUACACCCGCCAGACGUUCAUCUACAGCGCCAUCGCCUUCUUGAGACAACACGAUUUCGAUGGUCUCGACCUCGACUGGGAAUACCCCAAGGGAAAUGACGACAAGGCCAACUUCGUCCAUCUCCUCAAGGAGCUCUUGGAGGCGUUUGUGGCGGAGGCGAAGGAGACGGCACAGCCUCGUCUGCUACUGACGGCGGCAGUACCUGUAGGCCCUGACAACAUCCGUGGAGGUUACGACGUUCCUACUGUCUGCACGUACUUGGACUUUAUCAACGUAAUGGCGUACGAUUUCCAUGGCAAGUGGGAGAAAACCGUAGGUCAUAAUGCUCCUCUUUUCGCACCCUCUGAUGACUCCGAGUGGCGCAAACAGCUCUCAGUUGACCACGCCUCUAACUUGUGGGUCAAGUUAGGAGCGCCCAAGGAGAAGCUGAUCAUCGGUAUGCCCACCUACGGCAGGAGCUUCACGCUGUCCAACCCCGCCAGGAACGCCGUUAACUCUCCUGCUAGUGCUGGUGGUGAGGCGGGCAAGUACACGAGUGAGGAAGGCUUCAUGUCUUACUACGAGGUGUGUGAACAACUACAAACUGGCGGGGAGUACGUUUGGCAUGAGGAGAUGCAGGUGCCGUACAUGGUCAAAGACAAGUUAUGGGUUGGCUUCGACGACGAGAGAGCCAUAAGGAAUAAGAUGCAAUGGCUGAAGAAGGGUGGGUUUGGAGGAGCCAUGGUGUGGACGAUUGAUAUGGACGACUUCACCGGGACCGUGUGUGGUGGUGGUGUCAAAUACCCGCUAAUGAGCAUCAUGAGAGAGGAGUUAAUGGGUAUCCCACGAGGAGGUAAGGACGUGGACUGGUCAUCAAUAACCAAGACGUCAAUUGCCACACCCACCACUCUACCACCGCCCAUAGCCAUCGACCCUAUGGCACUCAAGGACCAACAGAAUAACAUAGCCAAGCAAGCCUCCGCCAGGAUUGAUCUCUCACCGUCCUCCCCGAGAGACGCCCCCAAAGUACUAUGUUACUUCACCUCCUGGGCAGUCAAGAGACCAGGUGCAGGAAGAUUCGAAGCGGAGAACAUUGAUCCCUUCCUCUGUACCCACGUCAUCUACGCCUUCGCCGGCAUGGAGGACUAUCGCCUGGCGCCCGGAGACCUUUCAGACACUGGCGACGGGUUUAAGGAGGGCACCUACACCCGUCUGAUGAAACUGAAGGAGAAGAACCCCAAGCUGAAGGUAAUGUUGGCUCUUGGUGGCUGGGCAUUUGGGUCCAAGCCUUUCCGGGACCUGGUGUCAAAUCAAUUCCGGAUGAACGGAUUUGUUUACAACGCCUUGGAAUUCCUUCGUCUCCAUGAGUUUGACGGCCUGGAUAUUGAUUGGGAGUACCCACGAGGGCCAGACGACAAGGCCAACUACGUCAACUUUCUGAAAGAACUACGGAUGGCGUUUGAAGGGGAAGCUAAAUCAACAGGACACGGACGUCUGCUGCUGUCUGCUGCCGUACCUGCGUCCUUCGAAGCCCUGGCUGCUGGAUACGACGUACCUGAGGUCAGUAAAUACCUGGACUUCAUUAACAUUAUGUCCUAUGAUUUCCAUGGUCUGUGGGAGAACCAAGUGGGCCAUAACUCACCUCUACUGCCGCUUGAAUCUUCCUCGUCCUACCAGAAGAAACUCACUGUUGACUACAGCGUGAGGGAGUGGAAGAAGCAGGGAGCACCAGGCCAGAAGAUCAUGGUAGGAAUGCCCACCUAUGGUCGUUCCUUCUCCCUCCUUGACUCAAACAAGUUCGACAUUGGGGCAGAGGUCACUGGGGGAGGUCUUGAAUCCCGCUACACCCAGGAGGCCGGCUUUAUGGCCUAUUACGAGGUGUGUGAGUUCUUGUUUGAGGACAACACUACACUGGUCUGGGACAACGAGCAACAAGUACCCUUUGCCUACCGUGGGAAUCAGUGGCUUGGAUUUGAUGAUGAAAGGUCUCUUGCUGUUAAGACUGACUGGCUCAAGGCAGAAGGACUGGGAGGAGUUAUGGUAUGGAGUGUUGACAUGGAUGACUUCAGGGGUAACUGCGGCACGGGCAAAUACCCACUCCUUAAUACCCUCACCACGGGUCUCUCAAACUACACCGUGGAACUCACUUAUGAAGGACCCUAUGAGAAUACUGGCACUCUAGAUGGUACCAGUGCCAAGAAAGAUCCAACAGUGGUCGUGUGUGAUGAGGCAGACGGGCACAUUAGCUACCACGAAGAUAAAUUAGACUGUACUCGUUAUUACAUGUGUGAGGGCGAGAGGAAACAUCAUAUGCCCUGCCCAGUGAACCUCGUCUUUAACCACGCCCAGAAUGUUUGUGACUGGCCAGAGAGCGUACCAGGUUGUGAGACGGCUAUUACAGAUGCUGCCGCCGCCGCUGCCGCCGGUCGCUAAACGCCGCUAAGCUAUCCCUUAAAUCGUACAGUGAAAAACCUCCAUAUAACGGAUUUUCAUAUGUAUGUAGUUCGUUAGUUUGGAGGGUUUUUUUUUUACAUCUAACGGAUUCUCGGUAUAGCAAACUUUCCUCUCCAUAUAAUCCGUUUAAUAGACUUUUCACUGUAUAUAUAUAAAAAAAAAUGAAAAAAAAAAAUAGGACAUUGUAUUUGUGUCCCCUCCCCCUCCCUCCCCCCUCCUGUGUUUGUGUUGAGGAGUCGAGGUGAGGGAAAGAGGAGAGGGAAGAGGGUUCAGGUACAAUAGAAGGUAGACCUGCCACCAUUACACCACUCGUGCAGGAACCUAUUAACUUUAUUUUAUGGAUUCUUUGAAAAGGUUUAUAUAACUAGUUGGUCCAAUUAAUAUAAAACAGAUAUUAAAAUAAACCUAUAAAAAUUGUGUUUAAUGUGCGUCUAUUUUAUGUGGAGGCAACACUCACAUAAACAUACACACAAACAUUAGUACAUAUAUAACUAAAUCCCUAAACAAAUCUAUUCUUGAACAUUUCCAACAAGAAAAUAUAUAUAUUUUUUAUCAAUUAUUCAUUAGACGUCAAGAGAUAAUACCAUUGUGAUUAAAAGUAUUACCGAGUUGUGUUUCAUGUUGUUGCUGUGGUGAUCAACGUUCUCGAAGCUCCAGUAAUAUUGUUAAUGGCGCCUCGAGCAAGGGAUCAUUAUUAUUUAUUAAAGAUUGAGUGUCUUAAGGGAUUGUACUUACAGCAAAUACCAAAUGGACUUUUCAAAACACGGAAAUAUAUAUAUCUAUAUAUAUGUUUUAUAUAUUGGAUUAAGUUGAAAUAUUGAAGAUGGUAAAGCUAUUUCUCUGCUUUGCUAAAGACUUUGUGUGUAUAUUUUUCCCGAUUCUUCCUUGGCAUUCACAACUUUUUUCUCUUUUUUAGAAUCUUUACGCUAUAAUAUACGUCUCUCACCGCUGUUAGUACGUCACUGUACUAGAGUUUUUACCCACACAAUGAAGAGAGGAAAGAUUAGAUACAGAUUAUUUAAUUCAGUAAAAAAAAAAUCAGAAAAAUAUGGUUGCAAUAUUCCAUUAUCAGGCUCGAGUGAUUAUCCACGAUGCUGCAAAAAACAUGACUGUUAUCUGUUCUUGCCUCACAGUAAACUUUUAUAAUAUGUGACAAUGUUUAGUGAUACUGUGAAAUAAAUGUACAUAUGGUUUCUAA